CUUAAUCCGCUUGCAUUUAUUUUUAUAAGCAGAAAUUCGCCCACUUCAUUUUUCAUUUUGUCAAUAAAAUAAAAAUUACACAUAUUAAAAAUGUCUGGGCGCGAGACGAUAGAUUUGUCUCCUGUUCAAAAAGAAAUAUUAGAACAUCGUGCAGCGAGACGUAAUAAAUUACGUUAUGAGUAUUUGAAACAAACUCAAAAUCCUUAUCGUCAUGGGCUGGGUAUUGGAGGUUGUGUUGAAGAUGUUGGAAUAAAUCGUUUCAUGGCAAUGAAAGUAUCAGCAACUCAUUUUUUCAAACCAUCAUGGAAAAAUGCUGGCUUUAUGACUGCAGUUUGUGUGAUACCAAUAGUAGCUCUCACAUACGGUUGUUAUCACGAUAGGCUCGUUUUUUUUCCUAACAGAAAAGCAAAGAACACCGAUUGAGGACUGGUCAAGUGAGUUACCGCGACCGGGAAUACAAAUUUAAUUAAAUUACAGUUACUACAGAAGUACACGUGUAUAAUAAUAAUAAUUGGAACAAUAAAUAAGUAGAAGUAAAAAAAUUA